AGGUAUGAGGGAGGGAGCGCGUGAAAAAGAGCGGGUGACCUGCGGAGCUGUAUAAAGUGAGACAGACGGGAGGGAACCACACACACUCACUGACUGACUGACUGACUGACAUUUCCUCACAUGCAUAAAAACACAAGCCAGUAGGAGGCCAGUCAACAUCCAUCUAUUUUACACUUCCACCUGUGCCCUCCCAAAGCAGAGCAGCAUGUUGCACUGGAGGCUCCCCCUGGCAGUAGGUGUGUGGUCAGUGUGUGUGUGUCUGGCUCUUACCUAUGAGGACGAUAUCGAGGUCAACUAUGCUGACACCUACUACAACGAAAUCACUGAGGAGGAGACGCCAGAGCCCACACCGAGUGCAGCCCCCUGCAAUUCUCCAGACCUCACAAAAUGGGACAAAAUCUUCUCAAUGCUGGAAAACAGCCAGAUGAGGGAGAACAUGCUUCUCCAGUAUGCCGAUGACAUUGUAAAGGUGGAGAUGGGCUCUCUACGUGGGGAGAUACUCAAGUUUGUGGCCCAGUAUGGGGGUUCCUGCGGCGUUGCAGUGGAGACAGCAGGAAGAAGGAUGGCCUUGCAGCUGGAAGCAAGACUCAGAGAAUCCCUGUUGCGGCUAAAAUUUGGCGAUCACACUUCUGGUGCUGUUGAGGGAAAUUCUGUUGGGAAUUCAAAUAACCUAGAGGCAAUGCUGCAGCAGCUUCUCUCCACCACACGAACCCAAGCGACCCGACUAGCCAAGAUGGAAACCAGCUGUUUCAGCAACCCAGGAACUGUUAAAGCAGCGCCCCAACAUCCAGAGGUUGGAGGAGCAGGCCACCGAGAGGGAACUUUGGAGGGAGUGCUGGCUGUUCUGCAGCAGACAAGAACGGAGCUGCAGGAGGUGCGGAGGUCACUGCGGCUAAGACACCUGCCUGCAGGUUGUGAGAUGGCGCUCCUCUUCCCCAUGCGCUCCCGUCGGAUAUACACUUCUGUGAUACCAGACGUUCCUCUUUCAUUGUCCUCCUUCACCGUCUGCCUGUGGGUGAAACCAGUCGGCGUCUCCAACAAAACAGUGCUCUUAUCCUACGGCAACCGACGCAAUCCCUAUGAGAUCCAGCUGCUGCUCAGCCACAGUUCUGCCUUGUUAACCAUAGGAGGAGAAACUCACCUGGUAGAGGCACGGGGGGUGGUCAAACCAGACGGUCCACCAGAAUGGCUCCACCUAUGUGGGGUUUGGUCCUCUGAGCAGGGCUUGGCUUCUUUGUGGGCAGGUGGGAAAAAGGUAGCUUCUACACCAGGAGUGGCUGAAGGACACAUCCUACCAGAUGGAGGUUCUCUACAGUUGGGACAGGAAAGGAACGGCUGCUGCCAUCUGACCCCGAGCAGCAGCGGAAACGGGAUGGCAGGUUUUGAGGCAGGGUUUGAUCCCAAGGUGGCAUUCGCAGGAACAAUGACAGGGGUCAACAUGUGGGACAAGGUGCUGCCAGAGGAGAAGAUAUCCCAGCUGGCUUUGCAAGAUGGCCAAGGUUGCGAGCAUAGGGGGAACAUAGUGAUGUGGGGUGUGACGGAGAUGGUGCCACAUGGGGGCGCUCAAUUCGUCAACUAAAAGAAUGCAAUCAUCAAAAUUGUCUUUUUAUAUCCAAGAAACUCUAGUACAAAGAAACUGAAGUACAAAGCGCUUCUAAAUAAAAUGUAUUAUUCAAAUGUAUUAUUAUUAUUAUUAAGUACUUCAAUGUUUCGUAAGGGUAAUAAUUUCAACUGACGCCAUAUCAUUCACACAUGCUGCUCUCUGCAACACAAACAGUGAUGCGCAUUCAUCUUGGGAAAAGUGUGUUGUGGCAGGAAAUGCGGUGCACGUGUUGUUGACCAAAGACUUUAAUUAGGGUGAAAGAAAGCAUCUAUUGUAUAAGUGAGCACGUUCUGAGCCAAUAAAUAAAAGAACUGAGCAGACACAGGAGAGGACAACAAGAAGUCAAAGACAAUUAAAAUGUCCAUCUAGUUUUGUACAUAAAUGGCAAAUGCAGCUAUUGCGUCAUUAUUAGCAUUUUUUGAUAUGGUAAACUUGGUAUGUAUAGAUUCUUAGAUUAGGCCGCUAUAGGACUAAAAGAGGUACCAUAUUAAGAGUUCUGUGAUGGAAUGAGCCACGCAACAUGUGAUCUGUCAAAUACUUGUCUGACUGAAAACUGCUGUGCAUGCAUCUCUCGAGCAUAACCAACUCUAGAACAGCUUUGAAAUGUAGAAACUCAGCCAUUUUGCUUUUGAUUUCCCUUUUUCCUUUCUUGAAGUUGAAAACAUACAUUUCCAAGUUUACACUCAUAAUAGUCUUUAUACACCAGCUUUGUCAGCUGUUUCAGUACUUUUUACACAUAGGCUAAUAUAUAUUUACCUCUCUUUUUGUAUUGCAAAGUGAAAUUGCUGUAUUUGUCACUUGAGGUUGACGUUUUUUUUUUUUUAAAUAUAAAUAAGGGCAAAGUUUACAAGGUUUGAUAUUUUGUGAGUUACAUUGUCUUGUAUUAUACUGUAUAUUGCUUUGGUGUCCCUGUCAAUGUCAACGGGUUGAAAAUGAAUGUAUUUUGUACAUUAUUAUAUUUUGUGGUUGGUUGAGUGCAGAGCGUGGUAUGAAUAAACGCAAGUUAU